GAAAAAAAUACGGAUCCAGCAGCUGCAACUGGAAAAUUGGCCAUUGAGGAAUCUCUUAAAUUGACCGAUGCAAAUGGUAUUGCCAUGAAAACUCCCGUUUCAUUGCUGCAAGAAUUGCUUAGCCGUCGCGGCAUUACACCCAGCUAUGAAUUGGUACAAAUCGAAGGGGCCAUCCAUGAACCGACAUUCCGUUAUCGCGUGUCCUUCAAUGACAAAGAUGUACCCUUUACGGCCAUGGGCGCUGGACGUUCCAAAAAAGAGGCUAAACAUUCAGCAGCCAGGGCGUUGAUAGAUAAACUGACCGGUGUCCAACUGCCGGAGACGCAGCACACAACAACAACAACUACGGCCAGCAGCACAAAUGCUACAGCCGGGGGUGGUGGUAGUGGGGUAGAUGGCAAUGCCAAUGUGUCAGCGGGUGGAGAUGCCGCCGAUAAAAUUGUUGGCAAUCCCAUUGGUUGGCUACAGGAAAUGUGCAUGUCCCGCCGUUGGCCACCACCAAACUAUGAAACCGAAACUGAAGUGGGUCUACCCCACGAACGUCUCUUCACAAUUGCCUGUACAAUUUUGAAUUUCCGCGAAGUUGGCAAGGGCAAGAGCAAGAAAAUUGCCAAACGCAUGGCGGCUCAUAAAAUGUGGACCCGCCUACAGGAAACACCAAUUGAAAAUAAUCAAUUGUCGGAGACAAUGGGCACCGAAUUGGGUGGUGAUAAGGCCAAUUAUUAUGGUGAUUUGAAAGAUAUUACUGUACCAACCAUCACCAGUCAGCAUAGUGCUAAGGUUUCACAAUUUCAUAAGACCCUUAAAAAUUCAACGGGUGAAAAACUACACAAGUUGCAGAAAACUUGUCUGAAAAAUCCCAAAAUUGAAUAUGUCGAGCUAUUGGCUGAAAUUGCUCAUGAAAAUCAAUUCGAGGUGACCUAUGUUGAUAUCGAAGAGAAAACCUUCAAUGAUCAUUAUCAAUGUUUGGUGCAACUUUCAACCUUGCCGGUGGGUGUUUGUCACGGUUCGGGUGCUACACCGGCUGAGGCUCAAAAAAUGGCAGCACAAAAUGCCUUAGAAUAUUUGAAAAUUAUGACCAAAAAAUGAAUGGU